GCGGCCGCAUCGAGUCGAAUUGUGAUGGUUCGUAACCUUGGAAGAAUAGCAUAUUUAGAUGCCUUGAGAAUCCAAAAAACACUAGCCAGACAUCAUUUAGACUUUAAAAAGGAUAAGUCGUCAAUAAGACCAAGGAAUGUCCUAUUUAUUUGUGAGCAUAACCCAGUUUAUACGAUUGGAAUUCGGAACAAAACGUUUGGUGAAGAAGAGAAAAAUAAACUGAAGAAACUGGGAGCAGAAUUUUAUACGACAGAUAGAGGAGGUUUGAUAACAUUUCACGGGCCUGGACAAUUAGUUUGCUAUCCUGUCUUGGACUUGGGGGAUUUUAAAAAGAGUAUUCGGUGGUAUGUGAGGAGUUUGGAAGACGUUCUCAUUGACACUUGUGCGAGGUAUGACGUAGAAGCUGGUGUAACUGAUGAUACAGGAGUGUGGGUAGAAGACAGAAAAAUCGCUGCCAUUGGAGUGCAAGCAAGUCGCUGGGUCACAACCCAUGGAGUGGCCUUGAACUGUAACACCGAUCUAACUUGGUUUGACCAUAUAGUGCCCUGUGGAAUCGUGGGUAAAGGUGUGACAUCCUUAUCUUUCGAAUCCAAAUCAGAAAUUAACAUUAAUGAUGCAACAACACAUUUUUUAGCUAGUUUUUCAGAUGUAUUCAACUGUCAAUUAAGACACUUUCAAGAACUUUCAAAUGAAAGUAUCCUUGUUUUUUAAAUAAUUAAAAGUGAAAUUUUGUGGUGAUUGAUUAUGGCUUGGCUUCAGGCUAAACAAAUUAAUAGUUGAAUUUUGUGUCAUUGUAUUUUUGGAAGGAAUAAGCUUCCCGAUCAGUCUGUAAUUCCACCCGGGAUAGCGGUGUUGGGGCCGAAAUCUCCAGCGUAGCCGUAAGUCCAUACGACGGUUCAGCACUCGAUGUAUGGAAGUAUGGUCCUGGUUAAUUAAUAAUCAAAAAUAUAAAUAAUUCCAAACUUAUAGCAGUCUCCAUGGCAAAUGAAGUUUCAUUUCGUUGAGGAAGUUAAAUCCAAGUGGGAAAUACACGUUUAGAUCAAUUUCA